GCAUACUCACAGCGCCCAGGGCUGGGACCACAACCUCGGAGUGCAUACGGUGACCACGUUGUCCGGUCAUCGUGCGAGUCGGUGCAACUCUCGGCCUGGAACCCAAUCGCCUAUAUAUGCAGAUCUCUUCUUCGUAUGGGAUCAAACGGGGAGGUUAGAAGAUCCGCGGUAUGUCGCAAAUCCUGUUCAUCUCUUUUUGAACAUGCUUUCGUAUCAAUCGCCACAGUCAUGUAUCCAAACCUUGGCGCCGAAUGCAUCAUUAAGAUUUGGAACCCUGCCGAAGGAACGACGACUCCCUUUUGCGUGUUAUUGUUUUGCGAGAGCUGGCUGACACACUCCUAUGCACAGGAUAGCUUACUCAUUAUACACCCGCUGACUCGCGCAGCCAUGAACAGCAUGGCGUGGCUCUGUCCCGCUGCGCUCAGGAAGCAUCCCAACGAAAUCGUCGGAUGCACUGACUCAAUGUGACUUGGUCCUUACCCUCGAGCAGUGGCCUUUAUCAGCGCUCCAGAAGGCGUCAAUUUCAUGCGGGGACCGGUUGCAAUUGCCUCGCAGCAUCGGGCGGUGGACGACGCAACGCUUCCCGAUAGAUUGCGAGAGCGGCUUGGCUGUUGGUAUGAGCAGUAGGGUUGUAUCAUUACGGCACAGCCGAGUGAAUACAGCCUUCACCUACAUGCUGUACCGAUGCGUGCAAAUUUACUCCCGCGGUUAGAAAGGGUCUAUCUGGCUUUUCUCGGU